AUGUUUGCCUCACCGCUGGAGUUUGAUAUUGUUUUGCGCGCCAAAAAUGCUGGCGAUAAUCUGCCUCAACUGCUGCGGCAGCGGGACAGGAGCCAUCGGAACGCGCUGCACUAUUGUGCCGCGCAGGACAUCGACCAGAGCACGGACCUCGUGGCGGCCGCCAGCAUCGCAAUCGCAGCUCCCGAGCUGCUGGAGUCUGCCGACGAGGAUGGCUUCACGCCGCUCCACCUGGCCGUCAUCCAGGGCAACCUGGCCAUGGUCAAUCUCCUGUUGGCCAACAAGGCCGACGUGAAUGCGGUGGACAACGAGGGACACUCGGUGGUGCACUGGGCCACGGUAUGCGGCGAGGUGGAGUCCCUGCGCGCCGUCCUGGCAGCGGGGGCAAGUGUGGCCAAGCCGGACGCCAAUGGGGGCACUCCGCUUCACUAUGCCGCCCAGAUGUGCGGCGCCACUCACGACAGCAAGCAGCAGGCCAGCUCCAGCAGUAGUUCUCGCCUCUCCCUCGAGAUCCUUGGCAUACUGCUGGCCCAUCCCCAGAGCAGUGUCGAUGUCCAGGACAAGGACGGUCGCCAGCCGCUGCUGUGGGCUGCCUCGGCGGGAUCGGCCAAGGCGGUGAUUGCUCUGGUCAAGGCGGGAGCACGAGUGGAGUCCUCUGAUAAGGAUGGACUCACUGCCUUGCACUGCGCUGGUUCACGGGGACACACCGAAUGCAUUGAUACCCUGAUUGGCCUAUGUGGCGCUCCCACGGAUCUCAUCGAUUCCAAUGGCUGCACGGCUCUGCAUUAUGCGGUGACCUUGGGCCAUGCCGAUUCCACUGCCAGGCUGCUGGACUUGGAGGCGGAUCCGAAUCGCCAGGAUCGCAAGGGACGUACUCCCGCCCACUGUGGGUGCUCCAAGGGACAGUUUGAGACCCUGAAGCUGCUGAAGGAGCGCGGCGCCAAUCUGUGGCUUCGCAAUGCCAAGGGGGACCUGCCGUUGCACGAGGCCGCCGCCUCGGGGAGAAGAGAGCUCCUGGAGUGGCUUCUCAGCCAGCGGCCCAAGCAGGUGAACACGACCAGCAACGAUGGACGCAGCCUGCUGCACAUUGCGGCGGCCAACGAUUACACGGACAUGUGCAAGCUCCUGCUGGACUACGGGGCGGAUGUGAAUGCCGUUUACAGGAACUCGAGGGGUUUGGUCCUGACCCCGCUGGAUGGAGCACUGCAGCGGGGACACCGCUCCACGGCCAAGUUUCUGCAGGCCAAUGGCGGUCAGCCGGCCAACAAGGUGCGGUUGAGUAGCCGGCGCGCAGGGAAGGGAAAUCCAUUUCACGAAACCAAUGCCUCCGACCUGGUAAGACCCCUCAAGUAUGUGGAGAAGGAGGAACUGCAUGAUUUGCGCAGCUCCAAGAAGUAUGUGGUCUACCUGAAGCGGUCCGACUCGGACAAUGGAAAUGAAAAUGGGACUGGCAAUGGCCAUGGUCAGGAAAACGAUCCUGAGGCGGAGUGCAGCUGCUCGGAGCAGACCUACCGCAAGGAGCAACGCUUGAAGCACGUCUGCCGGCGGCACAAGCGGAGGCAGCUGAGGAGGCGGACCAGCAGCUGCGGGGAGUCCAAGCACGAGCGAUGCAGCGAGAUUUGCCGCUCCAAGAGCAACAUCGAGAUCAGGAGGCGCAAGUCACGCGAGCGGUAUGCCAGUUCCAGUGAGUGGGAGGAGGAUGGCGAGGAUGACGAGGAUUCCUGUGAGAAUUGCUGCUACCACAAGCGGCAGAAGGAGCGGGUUGUUUCCCGCAAGCGUUCCACAUCCUCAAGAAAGUCCAAAGACCGUCAAGAUAGUGAUGAGGACGAGGCGAAUCAUACCGCCCAAUCGUCGCCAGAGAAGGGUUCAAGGAAGUCCAUAUCAGUCAAUGGGGAACACAAGGCAGGGAAUCCCAAGGAGCAACCCAUUGCUAAGGAAAGACCUCCAUCCGCCAGCAGGCAUCAGACACCUCCCACCAAGGAGGGAACCUUUAUCAAAUCGCCACCGCAGAGCGCCAAGAGUGAGAAGUCCAACAUCAUGGACUCCCUUCUGGUGGAGGAAUCCCAUGCCGUGGAGCUAACAGAUGAAGAACCAGAGGCAGCAAAGUCAGUGGUGACCCAAGUGGAUGUCCAUCACGAUGCCGAGCAGCUUACCUCAAAGUCUUCCGAGGAAGUGCCCGCUGCAGAGGAACCUUCUCCUCAGGAGGAGGCCAAGCUGCAGUUAAGCGAAGAGGAGACCCAGCUGGUGUCCAAGGAGGUGGAACAGGUGAUCAAAAUAGCAGCUACGGCGCUAAGCAGCGAGUCCAAGAGUUCCAGUGAGGAAAAGCCGCCGGAAAAGAAAAGUGAAUCUCCUGUGGAAAAACCGGAAAAUGAAUUUAAGGAAACCCCACAGCCUGCCACCCCAACGGCGCCUGCCCCGUCCUCGGGGCCACCAGCUUCCGAAAAGGAGGCUGCCAAACCACAGACAGCCGCAGAGAAGCCACAGCCGCAGCCGAACACCACCGUCGCUGAAGGGGUUGAAUCUGAGGCUUCAAAACCAGCAUCUGCCGGCAAAAAACGCGAACAGAUGGAGCAGGCUGAAGCCAGACCAAAGCCGAAUCCCAAUCCCAGUCCCACACCCCCUUCGGCACCCAAUUCCACUCCCAAUCCCACUCCCACUCCUCCCACAGAUCCGAAAAAGCCUACAACCGCACCACAACCACGCCCUACUCCUACUGCUGCUCCUGUACCUGCUCCUGUUCCUACUCCUACACAAACGCCCACCCAACAGGAGCAACCGCAACGGGAACAGGAGUCGAGGCGCUCCUUCACACUCCUGCCCUCCGAUUCGGCGGACGAUGACCCAGUUGGAAAUCCAACCCCAAAUGCUGGUACAGCUUCCGAUGAGCCUGCCGCCGAGCGUAAAUCGAGCUUCCAGGUGCUGAAGAGCGACGAUUCCCUGGGCGAGUUGGAGGAUCCCAAGAGACCCGGACGCAAUGUCAGUAAUCAAGUCUUUCAAGUAGUAAACGAAGGCAAUUCCGUUGUCCAGCUGCCCAGUGCCGCGGAGCUGGAGAAGAUGGAGUACGGGUACGAGGAGUACGACGAUGAGUAUGAUGAGGAUGAAGCGGAUGCCAUUGAUCCGGAGCACGACAGUGCCUUGCGUCGCUUCCUGAGCAGCGGAAAUCGUCAUGGUGUGGGGAACACAGGAGGAGGAGCACCCGGACCUGGAGAUGACACCUCCGAGGGCAUGGGCAAUGGACGGAAGCGUCGCCUCAAGAAGCGUGUGCGUAGCGGCACCAAGACCCGCAGCAACUGGAAGGGCACUCAGGAAGGAGGCAGCAGCAUUGCCGCCCUUGCCACCAGCAAGGAUCAGGACUCUGGCUUUGAGCCGAGUCCAAGGGCAGAGCGCAGUAAGAUCCCAACCCUACGCUCUGCCCACAUGCCCCGCCGGCCCAUCUAUGCCACCCUGGAUGGACGCUCCUGCAGCAGUCGAUUGGAGAACCGGAAGCCAGGAGACAAGGGAGCCUGCGACAUGGGCGCCGUCACCAGAUCCAUUCAACGGAAUAUCCGCAGAUACUACAUGGAGCGCAAGAUCUUCCAGCAUCUGUUGGAGCUCAAAUCGCUGCAGAUCCGCUCCAGCAAACUCAACGAAUCCGUGCUGGUGAAACGCGCCGUCGACGACUACCACAAGUCCUGCGUGCUCCUUGGGAGCGAGACGGGAACGCGGCUGAGACGCUACAACUUUACCGAGUUUACCUUCAAGAACUUUGAGCUUUUCCUCUACGAAACGCUCAAGGGACUCCAGCGGCCGGGCACCAACAACUUUCAGAAUAUCAACGAGGUGUACGAGGAGGCGGAGCGUCGCCUGAGUCCGGACUACAAUGCCUACGAGAAGGCGCUGCAGUGCACCACCAAGACACAUCGAUGUCUCCAUGCAGCCCACGCCUACACUGGCAUUCCCUGUGCCGCCUACAUUCCCAUGAUGAAUCACCACACGAUGCCAAAGUUCGGCUUUGGACCGUACAAGAAGACGGGCAGCGUGAGUAGCUUCUUCCUGCCCAAGAUCCUGACCAGCGGCCGGGCAUCCAGCGGAAGGGCAGGUGGCACAGGCAGUGGUGGUGGCAGUGCGGGCGGCGGCAGUCGCUGCAAUCACAAGGUGGCCCUGGAGCUGUCGCAUGGCAAAAACAAACAGCUAAUUUCACUGCCCGCGGAGAAGCUGGAUAGCAACAAACGGUACUAUGUGACGUUCACUGUUAAGGACUCCUCGGGGCCAUCGGCAUUCCAGCACCAGCAGCAGCGCGGGAGUACCGCGGGCGAGCAGGGCAGCGGCGGCGGUGGAAAGUAGAGCGUACCGUAUACAUAUUACGUAUACGUAAUGUGGAACACAUAGUGCGUAUACGCCACCGCCAUCAGCCAUCGUCGCGGGAAUCUGCCACAGCCGGGCCCGCAUCCUCCAGGCGUCCUUUUUUUGUUGCUCCUGCUUCUGGUCCUGGUCCUGAUCCUGCUGCUGCUGCUGCUGUUGCUCCAAAUGCAUUAAAACAAUGCCGUCGCUACAGUUUGUGGGGCUUCUGCUGCCGGUGCUUUUGUUGCUGCUUUUGUUGUGGCCACCCGUUGUCCGCGAUGGUUUUUUCCCCGUUUGCUUCCUGUCCUGAUGUCGGAGUAAUACCACGGAAAAUGGGGGUUAUGCAGGGUAUAUCAUGGAUCUUUCGUCUAGUGAUAUAGAUGGUAAGAGAAUUUUAAUUAAUUUUAUGGUUUUAGUAACUCUUUAACUAGUUUAGUCACAAAAACAAGUAAUUUAAAAGAGUUAAAGCUUGAAUGCAAAUGUUUUUUUGAUAUUUUAAAAUGUACUUAUUUAAUACAAAAUUCUUGUAGCCCUAAGGCUAUUUGUAUUUUCAGUUGAUGCUGCCGCCUAAGACAUAUCUAUAUAUUUUUAGUCAGCAGCUUGAAAUUAAUUGAAGAAAUCAUU